CCUGAGUGACAAAGAGAAGGGAUGAGAGGGAGGGUUAAAGAGGAGGAGAGGUGACCUCAGCGAGGUAGUACAACAGGAUUCAAACACAUCGGACCAUAGAAGAGAGCAGCCGGACAAAUCUACAGACAGAAAGACAGAAGUGUCCUAAUAAAAACAAGCACUCAAGAGGCUGCAUUACUAUUGUAAACAGUAUUGUCCUCCAGCUGUCAGAAGUGAGCGCGUGUCAGAUGAUGGCACCGCAGGUCGUCAGCUCACCCUUCCUGAAGCCGUUCUUUCUGAAGACGCCUCUAAGCGUUGGCAGGUCUCGACACCAGCGACGACACACGUUACCUGCUAGCGAGUUCCGUAAUCUCACCCCACAGGACGCCAUUAGUGUAUUUGAGAUAGAGAGAGAAGCAUUUGUCUCUGUUUCCGGUGAAUGUCCACUCACCCUUGAUGAGGUGCUUAGUUUCCUGGGCCAGUGUCCUGAGCUCUCUUUGGGAUGGUUUGAAGAGGGCCAGCUGGUGGCCUUCAUCAUUGGAUCUGGCUGGGACAAAGAGAAACUAGAACAGGAGGCCUUGAACACACACGUCCCAGACUCUCCCACAGUACACAUCCACGUGCUGUCAGUGCACCGCCACUGUCGGCAGCAGGGCAAAGGCUCCAUCUUGCUUUGGCGCUACCUGCAGUACCUGCGCUGUCUCCCCGGCCUGCGCAGGGCCCUGCUGGUCUGUGAGGAGUUCCUGGUGCCCUUCUACCAGAAAGCUGGUUUCAAGGAGAAGGGUCAAUCUGCCAUCACUGUGGGGGCCUUGGCCUUCACAGAGAUGGAGUAUCAGCUUGGAGGCCUGGCUUACGCACGACGAAACAGCGGAUGUUAAGUUUCUUUAGCUUACAGCACAUCCAAUCCUGAUAAAGGACUUUGUGCGUAGUUUCUGGAUGGAUCUCGGCAAUCACAGGCUCAGAGGUUCACCUAGUCAAGGACUCAAAGCCCUAAUACCACCUGAGCAAAGAGCCAGAGACUGACCUAUGCACUUAUUUAAAGAGAUUGGAGAUCUUACAUUCGAGUAUACGAAGGCUAAGUGCAUACAGAUGUUGGUUGUUUACUGAAUUUUUUUUUCUUGUUAACUGCCCAAGAUACACUGCACACUUUACUGGUCAAAAAACUGUAGUUGUUUUUAACAAUUAUUAAAAAUAAAACAAACUUUAUUUUUGGGGGGGAAAUAAAUGGUCACCAUAUUCAUUUUUUUGUUUGAUCAAUAAAAAAAGAUUAAAGAAAAUCUUUAAUUAACAUUUAACAUAAAUAAUAUCCUACUGGUACAAAACUCAACCAUUCAAAAAGUGAAGUCAGAAUCUUUCUUCUGGAAAAUAUAAAAUUUAAUUGAAAAUUUGAUAAAUCAUUUUAUUUUUUUAUAACAUUCCAUCCCUUGGACUGCAAGUGGACAGUGAAAUGUUGAAUACUGUUUUAGAAUAAAAUCUUCCUUAUAUAUUACUGCAUAUGUGACAAUGUGUUUUGAAAUGCAAACUAUGUAUACAGUGUAUGAACUGAUGUAAACUUUAGUAUAUCCAUAAACAUUCUCUGUGGCAUUAGUCAUACUAUUAUGGCUAUCUAAUCAAUAAAAAUCUAUUAACAAAGCUAUAUUUUUGUAAUGUGUAUUUUAUGUGGUGAGAAAGCAUUUCUUUAGGUUUAUGGACACGUUAAGUUAUUAUCCUUGGUACCAUCCUAAAUAUUUCAUAACUUUCCUUCUAACCUGUCAGAGUGGUUUAGUAUGGACGCCUGUUUAAAAAAAAAAAAAAAAAAAAAAACAACAACAACAAAAAAGUAGUUCUGAGAAAUUUUAAACUAAGAAAUAGGCACACUGUGAGAUUUAAAGAUGCAAAUGUGAUGAGAUAUCUUAUGAGUAAUAAAGGCACAUCAUUAUAUAUAAACUACACUGUUGACGUAGCAAACACAGUGCAGCGCUUCCGGAUUCUACGUCAGAACGCUGACUCAUUAUUGGCUGACGCUGUUCACAUGACGCAUACAUGUAAUGCUGACAUAGGAGCCGGCCAAUACCGAGCCACCGUUCUGACAUAGAACCCGGAAGCUGACAAGGAAGAGAAGUAAAUAAAGUCAUUAUUUUUGUUUGUUUUUUUCACACAAUAAGUAUUCUUGUCGCUUCAUAACAUUAAGGCUGUAGUCACAGGGACUAUUUAACGACGUAUUUACUACCUUUCUGGGCUUCGAAAGAGGUAAUAAUGUUGAAGUCUAUUGGACACCAGAAAGCUCACGGAUUUCAUCAAAAAUACCUUAAUUUGAGUUCCGAAGAUGAAUGAAGGUCUUACAGGUUUGGAAUGACAUGAGGGUGAGUAAUUAAUGACAGAAAUUUCAUUUUUGGGUGAACUAACCCUUUACGUCACACUGUGAGAUAUAUAGUUGCAAUUAUGAGAGUCACAUUAGCUAAGUUUCCAUCCGAAGUUGCUCAUUUAACUUAUGCACAAAACUAGAAUAUCGCAUAAAACACUUGUGAAUAAAGCAGCGUUUUAAUCACAUGUGUUCAAGAGAACAAAACUGUAAUAUCCUGGGAAACUGGCGCAAAAUAUCUGUAAUAAAAAUGGAAGUUGCUGCAAUCAGGGAACCCACUGUGGCUCUUUUUUCCCUACAACAUAAUGACACAGACAAAACACAAUAACUGCUGUCAUGUUCUUGAGUUCGGAUGCUGGUGUUUGGGAACACAAUUAUUUAUACACAAUCAUUUUGAUGCCAGACUUCGGCUCAUAGACAUUUCAGAACUAUCAAACCGACAUCUGAGAUGCUGUGCGAAGAAAUUGGUCCACUGGUUAGACUAGUUAACCAAUCACAUCCACUACUGACACCGUGUCCUAACCAGAGGCGACGCGACGCUGCGACACGCGGUAAAAGGUAUCUUUUCCAUGUUAUUCGGAGUUUUUGUCCUAACCAGCCGCGACGGCGACACGCAACAAUUCUAAUUCAGAAACGGUUUCUAUUUCUCCGCGACGUCGCGGCUGGAACAGCAACACAAAGUAUGGCAAUGAUAAUAUCAGAUACUGUUUAUGUGCUUUAUUUAAUGUUAAAAACGUCUAAUGUGAGUUUGAAUAUCAUUCUGUGAUCCCAGCGUUUUUUUAGCUGUAAUAAAAACAACACGGGCUAAUUCACCUCAGAUCUUGAAAAUAAAUAAAUGGGCACAAGAACUUUAAACUGCGAACAAACAAGUGUAAUUCUAUGACAAAGAUUGGUUCAGUCACUCCGUAUGUACUUUAAACAAUGUUUAAAUUGUGUAAUAUUUAUGAAUUUUACUAUGUACUUGCAUUUCAUUGUGUCUGCUGUGCUCUUGCCGACAGAGCCCGCCCACACUCUCUUCUGAUUGGCUGUGGUUUUUGAUUGAUUUUAUCGCUUCUCAUUGUCGCGUCUAGUGUGGACAGUCAAAUUGCUCAUCGCUGGAUUCGCAUCGCAUCGCGUUUGGUUAGGACACGGUGUCAGGCAAAGUCACGUGAGGCGUUUUUUUUUGGGG